AUGGUUUCCAGUCAGAGGAGGUGUCCUUCCAUAGGAGCGACAGGAGCAGCAGUGAUUGGUGUCUGCGUUGUUGCGGUGAUUUCUACCUGCAUCGCUCUGGCUGUGUGUCUGACCAUUAACAGGACUCCCCCCCAAGACUCUGCACCCAAACCAGCCUUUGAGACAGACGGAGACCUGUUAGAAUACCUGCUAAAUCUGGGAAGCAUUGACAGGAAGGAUGGAUUGCUGGUCACCUGGUAUCAUUCUGCAAACAAAAAGAGCGAGCUGGCAGCUGCCUUGAAGAGUGAUGCUAUGGUCCUGGAAGCAGAUGUCAACAUAGAAGGACAUAACACUCGUAAUGAGACCGACAAGCCCAUCAUGGCCCACCCCCCUGCUAUUUACAGUGACAACUCUUUUCAGGAAUGGCUGGAUGUCGUCCUUAACUCAUCUAGCAAAGGUAUCAAGCUGGAUUUCAAAAGCAUCAAGGCAGUUGGCCCAUCUCUGGAUAUUUUACUAAAGAAAUCCUCAGAAGUGAAGCUCAAUAGACCUCUGUGGUUAAACGCAGAUAUUCUAAUGGGUCCCAAUGUCCCCAUAAACACUGCAGUUAACGCAAGUUUAUUCCUCUCACUCAUCCAGGAGAAGUACCCAAACUGCACUCUCUCUCUGGGGUGGACGACCCUCUACUCAUUUCUGUUCCCCAACAAAACCUACACUCAGAAAAUGAUUCAAAAGAUGCACAGCAUCGUGGGGACGCUGCCCCAAAGAGUCACCUUCCCUGUCAGGGCCGUCAUGGUGAGAUUGGCUUGGCCUCAUUUCAGCUGGCUGCUGGCUCAGUCUGACAGGUAUAGCCUGACUCUGUGGCAGGGGAAGACGGAUCCGAUCAGAGUGGAAGAUCUCCUGUUCAUCCGGGACAAUAGCCGUGCUGAACAAAUCUAUUAUGACAUUUAUGAUCCUGUUCUGUCUCAGUUCAAGGAAGCAGCGUUGAAUUCAACAAGAAAGAGAUUCUACUAUCCUGGAGGCAAUUUGCUAGAUUACUUUCACCCAGCAGACUCCGAUGAACUAUGGAUAGAGUGGUAUGGGAUGGAUCACUAUGAGAACAGGCUGGAAACACUGUCAAUUCUUACAGAUAAGAGGGGCAUGAUUGCCCUGGACAUUGCAUUACAGAAUAGCACCAUUGGAAAUCUCAUUCCCGUUGCACUGUCUCCAUCAGCAGGCCUCCCCCUGGAACAGGGUCUGGUUACAGUAUCCAGAGAUCUCAAUCCUUGGGGUAUAUACCUGAACAUAACAGAAUCCGGAGCACUUCGCCCUGCACUGGAGCUCCUUAGUAAGCUAUAUGCCCAGAAUCUCUUAUGGAACCCCAUCUGGAUAAGCAUGGCGCUCUCCUUUGGAAGCUUUGAGACACCAGGAUACAUGCAAGGUGAAGAAUUCCUAACAGCCAUCAACAGCAUUUUCCCAUAUGUUACCGUAGCCCCUGGCUGGCCCAGGGAAGUGAUAACUGCUGGUUACACUGACCCAUUGAUAGACGAUAUGCUCACACUCUGUAAGGAUCUCUGGCAACAAGUGUCAUUUCAGCUGGAGGCUGUGCCGCUGAGUAGAUCAUGGCUGGCGACUACAAAGCUGUUGGAGAUUUCACCCAGCUACACCAUCACUGUGCAACACAGUUACUCAGAGGGUAGCUACUGCGAUGGCUUCCCAGGACUCCGGUCUAUCCGAACACACACACAGAAGGGGGUCUAUUAUAAGAUACCGAGACAAUGCAGAAAUGCUUUGAUGGCGGAUGUCUUAACUUCUUAG